UUUUUGUCUCUUUCCACUAAAAAAAAAUCUUUUUUUCUUCUUCCUCUUUUUCCCCCCUUUAUUUUUUAAAAAGAAACCGUUUAUACCUUUUUUUUUUUCAACAAUGAGUGAAUAUUGUCCUGUUUAUGCACCUUUCUUCGGUACCAUGGGUUGUGCUGCUGCCAUCGUCUUCAGUUGUCUCGGUGCUGCUUACGGUACUGCCAAAUCCGGUGUUGGACUUUCCGCUAUGGGUGUCUUGCGUCCUGAUUUAGUUUUAAAGUGUAUUGUUCCUGUUGUCAUGGCUGGUAUUUUAGGUAUCUAUGGUGUUGUUGUCUCCGUUCUUUUGUCCGGUGGUCUCGCCAUGAAGCAAACUCUUUUCAGUGGUUUCAUCCAAUUGGCCGCUGGUCUCUCUGUCGGUCUUUCAUGUCUCGCCGCCGGUAUUGCUAUUGGUAUUACUGGUGAUGCUGGUGUUCGUGCUACUGCUCAACAACCCAGAAUGUUUGUCGGCAUGAUUUUGAUCUUGAUUUUCGCUGAAGUUUUAGGUCUUUAUGGUCUUAUUGUUGCCUUGAUUCUUAACACCAAGGCAUCUGGUCAAGAGAACGUCUGUAACUAAAAAAAAAACUUAUAUUUCCGCCACCUCUUCGUAUACACACACACAUAUAAAUAUUAAAAAAAAAGAAAUCGAAAAAAAAAAAAAAAAUAGAAAGAGGAAGAUGUCUUAUCUUUUCAUUUUUAUUUUUAUUUUUUUAAAUUUCUAGC